UCAUUUGUUCUUUAUCCAACAGGAAAUCCAAUGGGCCCACACAGCCCACAUUCUUAACAAAAUGAGAUUGAAUGCGCUCUUUAAAAGCAACAAUUAGAAGCAACAGAAGAGCAACACUCAGAACUUGUGUAGAAACAGAGAAAGAGUUAAGAAGAAAACCAUGGAAUCCCCUCCAAAGAAAGUCAGUAUAUAUGAUGUGGAUGAAGCGGGUUUGUUGCAGAGUAAAGAGCUCAAUCAAUAUAUCUUGGAGACGAGUGUGUACCCAAAUGAGGCACAGGUGCUAAAGGAGCUAAGAGGCGCUACUUCUGCCCAACCACAGAGUUUCAUGAUCUGUGCAGGAGAAGAAGGUCCAAUAUUGUCUCUACUUUUAAAGCUUGUCAAUGCUAAAAAGACACUUGAAAUCGGAGUGUACACUGGAUACUCACUUCUUGUCACUGCUCUUACACUUCCCAAAGAUGGAAAAGUUCGUUUCUAUCUAAACUCAAAUACCAUUGCCAUUGAUCCAGAUCGGUCAAUGUUCGAGGUAGGACUACCAUUCUUCAAAAAAGCUGGUGUAGAACAUAAGGUGGAGUUCAUUGAGUCUAUGGCUCUCCCUGUUCUUGACAAACUACUUGAAGAUCCAGAAAAUGAAGGAUCGUUUGAUUUUGCAUUUGUCGACGCAGACAAGCAAAAUUAUGUGCAUUAUCAUGAGAGAGUACUAAAACUAGUGAGGGUCGGAGGAAUGAUUCUCUAUGAUAAUACACUUUGGGGAGGUACGGUCGCUUGGAAAGAUGAUUCUGGACUUGAUGAAUUCAUGAAAGAAGUUAAAGAUUCCUUUGUUGAUCUGAACAAGAAAUUAGCAUCUGACUCUCGCAUUAAAAUUUCACAACUCCCUGUUGGUGAUGGUCUCACAAUAUGUAUGCGUCUACAUUGAUAAAGCUACUCUUUGGAGCUUGUUUUUAUGACUGGGAGCUAGACGCCCUUCAAGAAGUUAGAUGGCUGGUGGCGACAACAUAUCCAAGGCUGGGGCAUUAGGAUGAUAAUAGUAAUGUUGUGUCCAUAGGGAUUCACACUACGAAGCAAACAUUUUUCCUGCAAGUUUGAUUUAGUUUACAAAAGAAAAGAAAAUUAUAAUAAAAUAAAUUGACAUGUUUUGUCUAUAAUUCUAUUAGGCCAUGUAGCGCAAAUGUUUUUGCU